GGAUAGUAGCAGAUAUCGAGGUUGAGAGCAUCCUCCCUUCAGACUCUGAUACCUUCUACCAGCUGAAGAGCCAGCCCAUCACUCUGAGCGUGUCCCAACCCCCCUCUGACACGGCGUCUCCCUCCACCGGGUCGGUGAUGACGUCCCGGGUGUUGAUGAGGCAGGAGCUGAUGCGCCAGCAGGCCAGGGACCAGGAGAGGAGAGAGGCCCAGCACCAGGUCUCCUCGGCCCAGCUACGCACCACCGACUCCUCCCCAGCCAUCUCCAUGGCCCCGGGGCAUACCGGGGCCAGACCUCCCCCUGCUCAGGUCCCUGUGGAGGUCCUUAAGGUUCAGACACACCUGGAGAACCCAACAUGGUAUCACAUCCAGGCCUCCCAGAGACAGCAGGUUAAACACUACCUCUCCUCCACCCUGGGGAACAAACUGAACAAUCAGACGCUGGGCGCCUCCCCAUCGCCUCAGUCCGGCUCCGCCCCCUCUCUUCAGCCUGCAGCCAGUAGCUCUCCCAGCAGCCCAUUGGCUGUGCUCAGCCUGAGCUCCAACAAAGAGGAGAUGGAAGACGUGAUCGAUGACAUCAUCAGUCUUGAAUCCAGUCUCAACGAUGAGUUCUUUACGUUGAUCGACCCUGGCCUACAGGUGGCCAACACGAUGCCGGUGUCAGUAAACAUGCUGGAUGUGUUCAGCAGCGGAGGGAUGGCUGCUCCUAACAUCACCGUCUCCAACUCCUGUCCUGCUGACCUGCACACCGUCAAGACUGAGUUAACCGGUACAGAGGUGGAGGCUAAAGCUAUGAUGAAGGAACGACAGAAAAAGGACAAUCAUAACCAGAUUGAGAGACGCAGGAGGUUCAACAUCAACGAUCGCAUCAAGGAACUGGGAGCUCUCAUCCCCAAAUCGAGUGACCCAUCCCCCUGCUACGGAGACAGGGAGACGCGUUGGAACAAGGGCACCAUCCUGAAGGCGUCUGUGGACUACAUUAGGAGGCUGCAGAAGGAGCAGCAGAGAGCCAAGGAGGUGGAGACCAGACAGAGGAAACUGGAGCACAGCAACCGCAGCCUACUGCUACGUAUACAGGAGCUUGAGAUGCAGGCCCGCCUCCAUGGCCUCUCCACCCCCGCCUCUUCCUCCCAAGGCAGCUCCUCCUCACACCUAAGCCUAUCACAGUCCCUGGACCCCAGCACGGGCGACGCCCUCUCCAGGACCCUCCUCUCCCUGAGUGGUGGCCAAGGCCUCCAGGCCGCCUCCCCCUCCUUCCUGUCUCCACCCCCCUCGGCCUCUCCGGUUGGUCUGAUGACAAUGGGCAGCCCCUUGGAUCUGGACUCUCUGAGCUUCUCUGACCUGGAUGACCCGUCGGCCGCAGCCUUCCACGCCUCCCUGCUGCCGGACAUGGGUCUGGGGGACAUCCUGAUGGACGACAGGGGACUGGGGAUGUCCUCUGUUGGGGGCAGAGACCCCCUGCUCUCCUCCGUCUCCCCGGGAGUCUCCAAGACCUCUAGUCGCAGGAGCAGCUUCAGCAUGGAGGAAGAUUUGUGACUGAUGUAGACCCUAGACACCCUAGCCCCUACACUGUUUGGGAGGAACACAUUCAGCAUGGAGGAAGACCUGUGACCGGAGCUGAGUCCCAAACCAACUCCUAGACCCUACACUGCUAGGGAGGAACAUAAUCAGUAUGGAGGAAGACCUAUGACUGGAGCUGAGUCCCAAACCAACUCCUAGACCCUACACCCUAGACCCUACACUGCUAGGGAGGAACAUAAUCAGCAUGGAGGAAGACCUGUGACUGGAGCUGAGUCCCAAACCAACUCCUAGACCCUACACCCUAGACCCUACACUGCUGGGGAGGAACAUAAUCAGCAUGGAGGAAGACCUGUGACUGGAGUUGAGUCCCAAACCAACUCCUAGACCCUACACCCUAGACUAAACCCUAUACCCUUAGACAGUUCAUGU